AUGGCGCCUCGUGUAUCUUUCCUCACAGCCCGAUCAGUGGUGUUCAGACCGAAACCUGUAAUCCCGCAGAAAAGAAUCGCUCCCGGGCCUGCUUUUCGCCAACAGCAGCGUGCAGCAAGCGAUGAUGCGACCUCAAAACAAGAUUCCAACGAAUUCCGGGGAGCCAACGAAAGUCAGUUACCGCAUGUGACGCAAGAAGCGGCUGCCAUCGACGAGAUCACUGGAAACACACCGCCUGACAUCGAACAAGGAACACCCGUGCAGGAGAUCCUACAACGGGACAAGGACGCGCAAGAAAAGGCGCCCGAAGUCCUGAAACAGGAUAUCAAGAACAAGUCACCAAACGGCACAAAUAAACCCUCCGGAUCCCGUUCCUUCUCAACCUCCGCCAGAAGAAACAGUCUCGAACUGCAACCAAGAUCAGGGUCAGAUGGCCCCCCACCGGAUACGGCUCAAUUUCAGGGCACAAGAAUCGUGGGCUUGGAAUAUCCUGACGCCGGGCUCGGUCAUAAGUUUCCCAUCCCGGACCUCAAGCCGCUGGGCAAAGGGGUCAAUUUCAAGAAGCGAUACGACCCAGUGGUUGAGCAGGUGACACGCAGUCUCAUGAAAGACGGCAAACUGAGCCGUGCGCAGAAGAACAUGGAACACAUCCUCGACGCUCUGCGCACCUCACCAGCACCGCCUUCAAACUCCGAAUUGAUCACCCCUUUGCCGAUACAAUCUCUUCCACUCAAUCCAGUCGCUUACCUCACCGCCAUCAUCGACUCGGUCGCUCCGCUCAUCAAGAUCCGCCAACAGCGCGGGCUGCUAGGUGGUGGUGCGUCGAUGCCUAUCCCCGUCCCUUUACGUCUGCGCCAACGCAGGAGGACCGCUAUUCAAUGGAUCCUGGCUUCGGCGGAGGGAAGACGCGAAGACAAGUUUGCGGACAGGGUGGCCAAGGAGCUGUUGAGCGUGGCCGAAGGGAGAAGUUCUUCGUGGGAAAAGCGUGCCAGGGUGCACAAGCUGGCUAUCAGCGCAAGAGCAAACAUCAAGGCUGCGUCCAUGGGCAGAAGAGUCCGGAGUAAGAGUAUCCGAGGGAAGUAA